UCGCGCGCAGCAGGUAUAAAUGCGAGCAACGACGAGAGCGACGGCAGUCUGUCACCGAAAUAUACGCACUGGACAUCAUGAUUAAGCUGUUGGUUGCUGUCGCGGUGGUGGCUGCCUGUUGGGCAGAAGAGGCGCCGGAGCCGAGGGCCAUCUUCAGGUCGUCGUCCGCCGUGGGCGAUCCCGAUAACUGGCAUGCCACCUUCAGCUAUAACUCUCCAGAUGGGACGGUGCGUGAAGAGUCCGUGUUGGUCAAAAAAAUCGACGACAAGUUGGUGCCAGACAUUAAGGGUCGCUCUGCAUGGGUUGACAAGCAAUCGGAGAAGACAAUAGAGUUGGCGUACGAAGCCGACGAACAAGGAUUCCGUGCUGAGGGAGAACACAUCCCCAAGCCCGAGGCGCCUGCGGUGCCGGGCCAGGUGGAGUCUGUGAAGAAGACGGUGGUCGCAGCACAGCCCGUUCCACCUCCGUCGAGGGUUCCUCUUCCCCCACCACCACCACCGCGUUCGUCCACCAAGAAGAACGUCGGUCACAGGUUCUUCGAGUGAGCGCCCGGUAGUAGCAGCUGGCUCGUAUCGCUGUAGGCGUCAUCUGGGCAGGUCCUGCAGCUGGUGUGGGCAAGACGCUCUGGUCCCAGAGGACAUCACGGUGAAGGCGACGAUGCUCGACCACAACGGACUACGGCCUUUACCUUGGAAAUCGUAAAGCCGUAGUAGUUACUAUGUAUAAGCAAGCAACUGACGAGAUGUACAGAGCAGCAGAUUUGGGGUCAGAGCCGUUCGUUGCAGAUGUACAAUGAUUCUCUAUAUACAAUAAAUCCUAUCUAACACUA